UCAAGUAAGCAUAUGCAUAUAUGACAUGUCCAUAUAUGCCACACCACCGUAUCUACAUUUGCAUUCAUAUAUUUUUCUUUGGCCUCAAUACAUACAUUCCCUUGGUGCUAAUUAAUUAGUGUAUUAUUUUUGUACCUAUGUGUCGUCCUCUCCAUGUCUCCCACUUUCUUAAUAAUUUCCUCAUCACUUCUCCAUCACCAUGGCUGAAACUCCCUCUCCCUCUCUCUCUCAGUCUCCCUCACCCCCCUUUGGCCCCAUCAUAAGUGAUGGCCAAGUUGGUGGAUUCGAUUGGAUGGUCCUUUUGGCAGCAAUUUUAUGUGCCUUUGUGUGUGCUCUUGGCCUCAACACAAUGUUACAAUGUGCUUGUCGUGUCUUCACAGAGCCUCGCCAAUGGAUUGCUUCACGCAGGCUCAACUCUGGCCUCAAGAGAAAGGAAAUGGUGGCUUUGCCAACCUCAACUUACACUACACACUCUUCUGCUGCCUCUUCUCCAUCUUCUUCACCUAAUUCUAGUACUUGUGUCAUUUGCUUGGCUGAGUUCUCUGAUGGGGACCCUAUAAGGCACCUCCUCAAGUCAAAUGAUUCUCUUCACUCCUUACAGUAGGCAUCCUCUACUAUAUGGUAACAAAGCUCUUUCACUGAAUAUUCAAGGCAGUUACAUAUUUAGAACGCAGUUACAUAUUUAGAAUUUAAAAUCAAGACCUUUGAUUAAGUUAGAACAAUUUAACUUAAUUGAUCUAUGUGUUUAAUGUUUUGUGAUGGCAUUGUUUAAAUAGUUAUUAGUUGUUUCUAGUAUAUCUAUCUCUAAGCCUU